AUGUUGCUCAGUGUAGACCAAGCUAUCAGAGCCACUGAGAACGAACAUAGGUUACGUAAUAUACAAGCCAAGUUGGAAGUGAGAGCGGGGAAUGAAUGGGAUGAACUGAGAAGACUGGAACUACCCUCCAGGAGGCUGAGGCUAGAGGGGGAACUGACACUUAGGCUAGAUCAGCACAAGAAGACUGCAGUACUGGCGCUGAUGUUCGAGGACAUGUUGGUGUUACUACAAAAGGAGGGAGACAAAUUCCUGUUGAAGCCACUGCCUCAUCAACAUGGACUUCUAUCGCCGCUCAUUAAAUGGGAUAAGGUCCUGUUUCGACCAAACGCCGCAGUUCGCAACACUUUCUUCCUGAUGAACAUCAACGGCGUACAAAUGCACGAGCUGUCAGCUAACACUGCCGCUGAAUAUGCCACAUGGGUGAACUGUAUCCAGGAGGCGCCACUAGCGAAGGUGGAACUGAAGCAAACCAUCACACCCUCGCACCAACCCACGCGAUCCACUGACGAUGAGGGCACAACCAACGUAUCCCGAAAUCCAUCGGACGCAUCCGAAAAAUCGAUCGCUACCACAGACGAACCAGAGAGUGACAAGGACAGAACACCCGGACCGCCCGAGUGCGAGCGAGAGAGCACGCCCGCUGAAGAGAGAGACGAAAAGCCGGAGCUCGAUGUUAAAGAAAAGGAGGAGACGUUAGACAAGGAAGAGAAGCUGAUGUGGGUAUUAGAGUUUAAUCACUGGAAUAAUUUUUAUAUAUUCUAUAGGUUGGACAGGCAUAAUAUUAAUAUGCAUUCUAACCAAAUCAGAAAAGAAUCGGGUAAGCUACAACUUCAUGGUUUAGCUGUCCGUUUAGUACUGACAGCAAAGAGAACAAAUUCGUUUACUUUACACGACUCGACACGACUUUAUCUAGCAUUACUCAAAUAUUUUUUAUGA